AUGAGCAUCCCGGUGCCGGUGCUGCUCACCUUGCUGGCGCUGUCAGGCUGCCACGCAGCCGCUCUGCUCCACACCUCCAACUUGCUGAAGGAGAGCAUCAGGCUGCUGGACGAGCUCCAGGAGGCAAAGGUUUCCUGUGACAAGAUGAACGUGACAAACGUUUUUGCGGGCAAUAAGCAAGACAAUGACCUGGAGACCUUAUGCAAAGCCACCACAGUUGCUUGGGAAAGCCGGAGCUGCCACAGGCACCUGGAGGGCAUCUUCCUCAACUUGCUCAGGCUGGUCCAAAGGAAGAGCGCUGUCUACAAGGCCCCAUGCCCUGUGGCAGGAGGCAGCACCACCUCCCUGAAUGACUUCCUACGGGACUUGCACAGAGCACUCCAACAACUAGUAAAAGGCCAGAGCUUGAAGUGA